ACACGGAGAGCAUUCUGGGGACCGGAAGGAAGUGGAAACUCUUGCGUCCAACUGGAGUGCCGGCAAACGCGCGUGGUAGGAGAGUGCGCGGCUGUUAACAGAAGCUCGUUGCGGGAGCGCGUGGCUGGUGCGUGGAGGUCAGAGGUGACCAGAAGCCGGACGUCGGUGUAGAAGCUGAGUCUUCGCGAGCUAUGGUGGGGAGAUCCCGGCGGCGCGGAGCGGCCAAGUGGGCUGCUGCGAGACACAAGGCAGAUCACGGCCCGGCCGACGAAAAUGAUUUAGAAUCUCCACCCUCACCGGGGGACUCCAGCUACUACCAGGAUAAGGUAGAUGAUUUCCAUGAGGCUCGAUCUCAGGCCGCCUUGACUAAGGGCUGGAGCGAAGUGGAGAGUGGGGACGAGGAGGAGGAUGGCGAUGAGGAGGAGGAGGUGCUUGCCCUAGAUGUUGCUGAUGAGGACGACGAAGAUGGCGAGAGUACGGGGGAUGAGGAGGAUGACGAUGAUGAUGGUGGGAGCUCUGUGCAGAGUGAGGCUGAGGCCUCGGUGGAUCCUAGUUUGUCGUGGGGUCAUAGGAAAAAACUUUACUAUGACACGGACUAUGGUUCCAAGUCCCGAGGCCGGCAGAGUCAACAAGAAGUAGAGGAAGAGGAAAGAGAGGAGGAAGAGGAGGCACAGCUCAUUCAGCGGCGCCUAGCCCAAGACCUGCAAGAGGACGAUUUUGGAGUCACCUGGGUGGAGGCCUUUGCAAAACCGGUACCUCAGGUAAAUGAGGCUGAGACACGAGUCGUGAAGGAUUUGGCAAAAGUUUCGGUGAAAGAGAAGCUGAAAAUGCUGCGGAAGGAAUCACCAGAGCUCUUGGAGCUGAUAGAUGACCUUAAAGUUAAGUUGACAGAGAUGAAGGAUGAGCUGGAGCCAUUGCUCCGGUUGGUGGAACAAAGGAUCAUUCCACCCGGAAAAGGAAGCCAGUACCUGAGGACCAAGUACAACCUCUAUUUGAACUACUGCUCCAACAUCAGUUUUUAUUUGAUCCUGAAAGCUAGGAGAGUCCCUGCACAUGGACAUCCUGUCAUAGAAAGGCUUGUUACCUACAGAAAUUUGAUCAACAAGCUGUCAGUUGUGGAUCAGAAGCUCUCCUCCGAGAUUCGUCAUCUACUCACACUUAAAGAUGGUGCAGGAAAGAAAGGACUGAAUCUAAAAGCAAAAUCCACGAAGACCAAGCCAAAAUCUGUUUCAGAGACUUCUGCUGCUGCCUCUGCUGUUACAGACCUUUCUGAUGAUUCUGAUUUACAUGAAGAAGCUGCAUUGAAGUACUAUAAAGAAGUAGAAGACAAGCAAAAAUUGAAGAGAAAGAAAGAAGAAAAUAGUACUGAAGAACAGGCUCUUGAAGAUCCAAAUGCAAAGAGAGCCAUUACUUACCAGAUUGCUAAAAACAGGGGACUUACACCCAGGAGAAAGAAGAUUGAUCGAAAUCCCAGAGUGAAACACCGGGAGAAGUUCAGAAGAGCCCAAAUUCGCAGAAGAGGCCAGGUUCGUGAAGUUCGUAGAGAAGAGCAACGUUAUAGUGGUGAACUAUCUGGCAUUCGUGCAGGAGUUAAAAAGAGCAUUAAGCUUAAAUAAAAUAUUUGCUUAGCUUAAGGUUUUUUUGGCAAAAUAUUAGAUUAAUAAAUUUGUAUUUUUCACUGGUGAAGUUACUAUUAAUAUUUAAUUCCUAAUCUUAAAUUUUAAAAAUUCUUGUCAAAAGGGGAAUUUGUCUGGGUUAUUCCUCAAUUAAUUUGUCUUUCAUUUAUAAUCAGGGCAGUAAGAACUUUGGGAGCAAUAUGAAUGUGCUUGGGAAAACAGAUGGUUUUCGAAAAAGUUCUCCAAUAUUCUGUCAAGUAGUAACCUAGGGAAAUUUCACAGCUGGUUGUGGAGCAACCAUCAAACUUGGAAUACUUUUAUAAUUUUUCAUGUAAAGUGAAGAGAAUGCAUCUUUGGCAAUUAUCUUAUUUGUAAGAUAGCUUUUAAAAUAGUUUUGACACAUUAUUUCACUUAAGUAUAAUUCUUGAGUAGUACUUGUUAAUAAUGGGUUGAAUGUUAACUUCAGGAUUUUGUACCCUUAAUUGUGGUAAAAGCUUAGGAAUGAAGAGAAACUUGGUUAAAAAUAGAAAAAGAUACAUCUUAAUUACAUUGUGAAUAUUUUUUGAUAGUCGUUAAAUGUGGUAAAUAAGAUAAUAAUUCCAUUUCCUCUUCUGUACUGGUGACUUGUAGUGUGCUCUUUGUACAUCCCACCUGCUGAAAAUUUGGUGUGAUUACCACUAGGUUAGUGGUAACUUCAAGUGGUAAUGAGUUACAUUUUUCUUUACAAUUACUUUGGUCUUUACAGUAGGGAAAAGAUGAAAUGGUGAACUUAAAAAUAUGUAGGAUGAUGCCAGGGAAGAAAUGAGAGGACUAGUGAAGAAAAUCACAAAGGACAUCUUAAGUAUGUCACUGUUUAUUCAUUAAACAUCGUGCUAGCUGCUAGAGGUGCAGAGAUGAUCAGUGGUUAAUAUUUAUUAAAACACUUGCCUUAACUUUGUGAAGUGGCACUGUUCUAUCAGACGAGGAUGCUGAAAUUCCAGGAGGCUAACCUUCUAAAGAACAUGUGCUUGGGAUUUGGACCCAAACCGGCCUUCAUUCUUUUAAUCUCUGAUUUACAGCUGCUGCCUCAGAGCAGCACACAUGCCAAAUUAUUUUCUUUUGUUUUCUUUAAAGAGGUAGGCUGGAAAUAAAAGCUUAUAUUGAGUGGAAAGGUACUGUUGUUUUAAGCAUUUUAUUUGUUAUUGCCUUAUUCCCCACAACUCUUAUGUAGUAAGUUCUAUUAUUAUCCAUAUUUUAAAGAUGAGACAACUGGCAAAGAGAAGUUAAGAACCUUUCUCAAGGUCAUAUAGGUAUCAAGUGGUAGAGCCAGGAUUUCAGCCUACUCCUUCUGGCUUAAGACCCCUAUCCUAUACUUCCUUUUCUGAUAUAGUAGAAAAAGUACAGGUAUUGGAGUUAACUUACUAGGGUGAUUUUGAGUUAAUUACUUGAUAUCUGACUCAUUUUCUUCAUUUAUGUGAUACUAUUAUUAUAACUACCUUGGGGAGCUAACAUAACAAUGGUGAAGAACUGAAGAUAAUGGAAAGUAUAUAUAUUGAUUUCUGCCCCCAGUUUCUGGCACAGAACUAAAGCCCUUGUAAAUUCCUAAGUGAUAAGAGCACUGGGAGCAUCAUUUGUUUUAAUGAGGUGACUCUGGGUGGGCUCCUGGAUGAGAGCUGGUCACCAGAAAGACCAAGCCGUGAUUAUAAGCUUGGAAUUUUCAGCCCCAGAUCCCCAUGCUCCAGAGAGAGGAGAGGGGCUGGAGAUGGAGUUAAUAAUUGGUCAUAUCUACCUGAGGAAGUCUCCACAAAAUCCCAAUAGUAUGGAGUUUGAGGAGCUUCUAGGGUCGUAAACAUCCACAUACUGGGAUGGUGAUGCACACAACUUCAUGGGGACAUGAGCUCCUGUGCUGGGGAUCCUGCCAGGCUUCACUGUAUGUACCUCUUUAUCUGACAGUUCAUCUACAUCAUAUCCUUUACUAAACUGUAAACGUCAGUGUUCCUUGAGUUCUGUGAGCUGCUCUAGCAAAUUAAUCAAACCCAAGGAGGGAGUUGUGACACCCUCAGAUUUAUAGUUGGUAAGUCAGUAGCACAGAUGGCCAAUCAAAAGCACCUGGACUUUUGAUUGGCAUCUGAAGAGGGGGUAAGGGAUAGGGGCAGUCUUGCGGAACCAAGCUCUUAACCUGUGGGAUCUGAUGCCAUCUCCAGGUAGAUAGUGUCAGAAUUGAAUUAAAUUGGACACCCAGCUGGUGUUGCAGAGAAUUGCUUUGUGGGGGAAGGAAAAAAUUACAUAUGGUGUCAGAGUGUUUAGAGUUGUAUAACAGUGUGACAGUAAAGGAGAAACACAGGUGUAAAACUCAGUUUUUCCAAUUCAAGAGCAGACUUUACCCCCUGCCCCAUUUCCAUCACUUAGUACUUGUGAUAUUGGGCACGUUACUUGAUCUCUCUUCCUCAUUUUUUCAUCUGGGGAUAGUAGUAGUAGUACCUAUUUCAUAGAGUUAUUAUGAAGAUAAAGUGAAUUAAUACAUAUAAAGCAUUUAGAACAAUGCCUGUUAUACAGCAAACACCUAAUAAGUGUUGGCUCUUACUACAGGUUGUGACGAUCACAUCUAGCAUGAAGAUGCGCAACAAAGUAUAGCUAGUAGUAUGGUGAUUCCUAUUUGUUACAGGAACAUAGAGAAUAAAGUGCAGUCAUAUAUGUAAAAAUGCUUGAGAAAUUAGUAUUCUAAGAUUGGAACAAGGAGAAAGCAUUGGGUGAGCAAGCACAUGAAGGGAUAUAGAAAACCUGGGACAGGACAAAAACAAGGAAAUGAAGUGAGCAGUUGAAAAUGUUUAAUGUUUUAUGUCAAAUCCCUGUCAUGUAUAUAAAAUUUUAAGGAAAAAAUGUUUUAAAGGAACAGAAGUUACUGGAUUUAAUGUUUACAUCUUCCAAAUUUUGUAUUUAUUUAACAAACAUUUAAAGAGCCCUGAGAUGUGCUGGGUACUGUCCUAACAUAAACAAUAAAUUGUUAACUAUUCAA